AUGUUAGCUCUAAGCGUUAUCCACAAUUGGCAUCUUCAUCAAUUAGAUGUUAAUAACGCUUUCUUGCAUGGCCAUCUCUCCGAGAGUGUUUUUAUGGAACAACCAAAGGGUUUUAUCAAUCCGCAAUUUCCAUCUCAUGUUUGUAAAUUAAACAAGGCUAUUUAUGGUUUAAAGCAAGCUCCUAGGGCUUGGUUUCACCGUUUGAGCUUGUUUCUCCUUAACAAAGGUUUUUCAUGCAGUCGCGCUGACCCAUCUUUGUUCAUCUACAAACAAAAAUCAUGUACUAUGUAUCUGCUUGUAUAUGUUGAUGAUCUUAUUCUUACGGGCAAUGACCAAUCGACUAUAAAAACAUUCAUCUCAUGUCUCAAUAAGGAAUUUGCCAUCAAAGAUCUUGGGAAACUCAAUUACUUUCUGGGAUUGGAGGUUACCUACACUCAAAAUUGUAUUUUCUUGAAUCAGUCAAAAUAUACUUUUGACAUUCUGACGCGUGCAAAGAUGUUGGAUGCUAAACCUGCUCCAACGCCUUUGAGCGCCAAUAUUUCUUUUAUCUCCACAGGUACAGUAUUUCUAGAUGCUACCUUUUACAGAUCCAUUGUAGGUGCUCUCCAGUAUUUAACGAUCACAAGACCAAGACCUGAUAUUUCCUACGCUGUCAAUCAAGUCAGUCAGUUUUUACAUGCUCCAACUACUGAUCAUUUUCAAGAAGUCAAAUGGAUUUUACGCUAUCUCAAGGGCACUCUUGCUUUUGGAUUACAUUAUAGUCGUCCCACUUUCACGUCGCUGCUUGGCUACUCUGAUGCUGACUGGGCUCGGUGCUUAGAGACUCGUCGCUCUACUUAUGGUUAUUCUAUAUUUUUAGGGGGCAAUCUAAUCUCUUGGAGUGCUAAAAAGCAACCAACGGUUGCCAGGUCUAGUUGUGAAUCUGAAUACCGUACUAUGGCCAACACUGCUGCCGAAAUUGUUUGGAUAACUCAUCUUUUACAAGAACUUCAUGCGCUCCCUCCUGAAAGACCAAUUAUUCUUUGUGAUAAUCAAAGUGCUAUCUUCCUCACUCAGAAUCUUGUUGCUCAUAAGCGGGCCAAACAUAUAGAUCUUGAUUAUCACUUCUUGCGUGAAUUAGUCACUGCUGGUAAAUUGGCUACUAAAUUUGUUACGACCAAGCUUCAGGUGGCUGACAUAUUUACAAAAAGUCUUCCGAGUUCUCAGUUUAAUAUUUUUCGUCACAUGCUUCGCAUCGGUCCUCCACCGUUCAGCUUGCAGGGGGAUGUUAGAUGA